AUGGCUUUGGCUGCUCCCGCUGUAGCUCCAUUCGAAUGGACCAUCAACAUCGCAAGAGAAUUAAUUCGUUUAAGACAUGAUAAUCAUGACGAUUUUGAGUUCAUUUCUAACAAUCGCCAUGAAAAGAUAUGGAGAACUAUAUCCAAUCAAUUGUUUAUUAAUAGAGG